AUGGACCUCCUCGACGAGCUUGAAGCCAUGGCUCAGGCCGCAUCAGCAUUUCAAGAGGAUGAGAAUAUCCCUGAGUCAACUAUCGCGCGGUGGCAAAAGCUAUUUGGUUACUUAUCCGCGACGGCCGAGAGGAAGAUCAGAGAGCACCGAAACUACCCUCUGCGCUUCCCAGUUUCAGAUGAUCACUGGUCCGUCGUGCGAGCUCGGAUGGAGGCCGAUGGACACGACCGAGAAUCCUAUGAACACUUGUGCAGUGGUAGCGCACGUGAUCGCAAUCAACGCCAGGAGAUGUCUAUGAAGGAGAAGCGAAAACUUCGAACCGCUAUCUUCUUGAUCAAGCUCGAAGGCCCCUUGAACAGCGUCCAAGCUGUGAUUCAAGCUGCGGGCCUGUGGUGCGCAUCCUCAACAGAAGUUCUUGCUGCCACCAACCUGUCUGGACAGCCGUGUUCUUUCUUCAAGAUCAAUGGGAUGGAUAAGUUAGCCAUCGAAGCAUGGCUGAAGGAAAAUCCCCACCCAGGUUUUGAACCAACCAUUAUCAAGGAUCCCUAUGCACCAAAGGAUCUCUCGCCCAUUUCUGUGUACCCAACGUUGGGUAUUGAUACAACACUACCCCAGUUUCGACCAGGACUUGCUGCAACACCACGCCCUUCACAGAACGAAUACCCAGUCUGGUACUUCUUUUACGGGACGCUUACGGAUGCAUCCUUUCUAUCGAAACUCUUUGGCCCCGAGUUCCAAGCGGAAUACCAUGUAGCCACUGUUCGAGGUGGAACCUUGACGACCUGGGGAAGAUACUACGCCUUAGUGGACGAUCCAAGUCACACCAACUUGGUCCUUGGAAAAGCACUUCUCGUUGAGACUCGAGAACAAGAGGAACGCUUGCGGGCAUACGAGACCAAUGCUUAUGAAGUGGUUCGAUGCAGCAUCGAGAUGGGUUCAGAUAUGCGUGUAGAUGGCUUGACUUUUCGCUUUAUCACCGAUAUCAUGGAUUAA